AUGACGAUGAGCUCCUCCGGCUAUUCAUAGCUAUCGUCCACUGCUACGUCUGGCUGUUGCAGGCUGGAGUGCGUCUGUGUGUGUGUGUGCGUGCGCAAGCAUUUUCAGGAAAAACAGACAACAGAAAGCUCAGGAUGUGGAAACGGGAAAAAAUGUGGCUGAUUAAGCCACCUACUGAGCACCCAAAGGAGUCAAAAUACAGACCCGUGCUGGAGAGUUUACUCCCCCGUGACCCAAUGAGCAGGUUCAAUUUGAAGAGAAGCUCCCCUAAAGACGAGUUCCCAAACCUGGACAGAAACCACACCCUGAUGGGCCGGGUCCUCGACCUGCACAUGUACACGAGACAGUUCAACCGGGCAACUGAAAGUGGGGUCAUUUUUGAUGAUAUUAUACGCCCCGGGCUCGAGGAUCCGGGUGAGCUAUUCUGUCAGUCGGCUGUGGGCUGUUUAGCAGGGGAUGCUCAGUCGUAUAUCCUUUUCUGCGAUUUCUUUGACCGUAUUAUCGAGUCUUACCAUGGCUACAAGGUCACCACUGACACUGUUCAAGAGAGCGACUUUAAUUAUGACAACCUAAAGGGCGGUGAUGAUUUUGAUCAAGCGUACGCUGUGAGUUGUGAGGUGACUGCGGGCCGCAGCAUUGAAGAUUACUGCUUCCCCACACACUGCAGCAGAGGAGAACGCAGACAGCUCCUCACAUUGGCCGAAACAGUUUUAGAGCAGCUGGGUGAGGAUCUACCUGGAAAGCUUUACUCUAUAGAGGAGCUCAGCCACGAGAGUGAGGACCGCAGGGUUGUGAUGGAGUCCCCACCACUGUCUUUAAUAAAGAUCGGUGUGGCUCGUGACUGGCCCGACGCAAGGGCCCUGUGGUUAAGUGAGGACGGGACCCUGGCUAUUUGGGUGAACAUGGAAGACCACCUGAAACUGGUGUCCUACAGAAGUGAUGCCUGCUUACAAGAGGCGUUUAAAACCAUCUGCAUCAGUGUGCUGAAGAUGGAGACGCUAUAUAAGAAAAUGAGACAUCCAUUUAUCUGGAAGCCUCACUUGGGCUGGGUGGUCAGCUCACCUGCAGAGGUCGGCACAGGCCUGAAGGCAAGCGUCACAGUGAAACUGCUGCACAUGGCAGAAAACAAACGCCUGAAUGACAUUCUGGACAGACUAAGGCUUCAGAUGGAAGCAACUGGCUGUCCUGGCGUCUACAAAAUCAGCAACUUGCAGACCAUUGGUUUUAAUGAAGUGGAGCUGACCCAGCUAGUAGUGGACGGGGUCAAACUUCUCAUCCGAAUGGAGAAAAGACUGGAAAACAACGGUGGCAUAGAUGACCUGGUGCCUGCUCAGAAGUGAAGCAGCCAUCAGGAUUUGUUUUACUGAGAACUUGAAAUAUCAUCGCUCUAGAGAAGCGUACUACGGGACUUUGCAACAACUUUUACUUGAUGUUCAUAAAUUGUGAGAUUCAGUAGACAACUAGCAUCAACAAAGGGUGACUAUCAUGAAGAGAUGUCUAAUUAUGUUACUCUACAUAAAGAAAACGAAGCCUAUUUUAGGCCCGUUACAAUCUUUUUGUCACAAAACGGGAUUGUAAUCAACAGGCUUAAUUUUCUUUUUUUCAGGGUCUGAAAUAUGACCGAAGUGAUUCAUUGAACUAAAAAAAUUUGAAUUUACAGAAUCAUUUCAGUCAGUAUUUUUUACUAUAUCCUAAGCAUGUAUGAUAUUUUGCGAAACAAGAACACAAUGUUGAGCUUUAUCAAGAAUACCAAAAAUUGAUUGAUUGCAAUGAGGUAUGCGAUAUGCUUCAAAAAAGGACACAAAACAUUUUAGUUCAAAGACUCAUUUCAAGUAAGCUUUAAUGUGCUCCAGUGGGACUGAACCACAGUGGCCCAAGGGAUUUUUCCGCAGAAAUGUACAGUACCAUGUCCAGAGAAUAAAUGGGAAGAGUGUGUGGAAGGAUGAAAUGUG